AAGCAAUCAUUUCUCCUGUCUGGCUGCAUUCAUGCAGCCCUUGAGAAAUACUGUGUGAGCUGUGAUUGGUCACAGCUUGUCACAUGGUACAAGGCUGUUGUGAAUAGCCUUGUACCAUGUGACCUCUGUGAUCAUUCACAGAUUUCACACAUAGUAAGCAAUGAUGUCACAAGUGACAUCUUGCUUACUACUUUGCAUGUGAUCACUGAUUGGCCAAUCAGUGAUCACAUGAUCGGGACCUCGUACAGAGGUCCCGUCCGACGAUCGGUGUUUCACUGUGUCCGGAGGACACAGCGGGCACCGGAUUGCGGUGGUGCGCGCUCCCAGGGAGCGCGCACAGCUAGAAAAGGCGGGUGCCGUUUAUGAACGGCAACCCGCCCCUGGACUGCCACCGCCCUGCCGUUUAUAAACAGCAGGCGGACGGCAAGAGGUUAAUGACCAGGCCUUUU